AUGGAAGGUGUAAUUCAGUUGCAAAGACAGUUGGUUGAGUAUAGAACCUCCUUGUACAAUGAGGGAUUUCUGGAUGAUCAGUUCAUCCAGCUUCAGCAACUGCAAGAUGAGAGUAACCCAGACUUUGUGGUUGAAGUGGUGUCUCUCUUCUUUGAAGAUUCUCAGAGGCUUCUUAAUGAACUAACCAAAGCUCUACAUCAGCAAAGUUCAGACUUCAAGAGGCUGGAUGCCCAUGUUCACCAGUUGAAGGGUAGCAGCUCCAGCAUAGGAGCACAAAGAGUUCAAAAGGUUUGCAUUGCCUUCCGCCACUAUUGCGAUGAACAGAAUACUGAAGGGUGCCUAAAAUGUCUGCAACAAUUAAAGAGUGAGUAUUCACUUGUGAAGAACAAACUGGAAACUCUUUUCAAGCUGGAGCAACAAGUUUUGGCUGCUGGUGGGUCGAUUCCCAUGUAA